AAGUAGAGUGGUGUGCUCUGUUUCAGUUCAAAUAAAAUUUGAAUCCUAUUGAAAUUUUAUAUGGUAAAAGUGUUUGAAAAGUGGCUUAAUUGAAGCAUUGAUGUGUUUCGAGUGUUUUGCGCAUAAAAUUUGCUGUUUUGACAUUGAGGUUUCAUAGAAAUACAAUCGAUGAAGAUAGGGGGCUGUGCGCCGCGUCGGGAAAUUGUGAUUAUCAUUUUUUCAACAUCUAGAAAGCAAUAAAAUCAAUGAAAAUGUGGCACGAGGCGCGUAAACAAGAGAAAAAGAUCCGCGGGAUGCUGGUGGAUUACCGGAAGCGAGCCGAACGGCGGCAGGAUUUUUACGAGCGAAUAAAAGCUGAUCCAACGCAGUUUCUUCAAGUUCACAGUCGCAAAUGCAAGAUCCAUCUGGAGGCCAGUGUGGCUGCAGCUGCCGAGAAUCCAGCCAUCAUGAUGCCGUGGCAAGGUCAAAAGGACAAUUUGAUUGAUCGAUUUGAUGUACGGGCCCAUCUGGAUUACAUUCCAACCGUGACGGUCAAACCGGACCAACCGGUGGAAGAUGACGUCCUGGAUUUGGAAGAACGAUCCAUGAACUACGAACGGUAUCGUGUUCUUGCACAGAACGAGUUUCUCGCAAUCAGUGAAGAGAAAUUCCUUCAUCAGUUACAUCUGGAAGAGCAGUUCGGAGUUAAUGCUCAGGUCGAGGCGGAACAGAAAGCUUCUUCGUCGAAGAAGAAGGCAUCCGGUGGAGUGGCAAUUGGAUAUACCUACGAAGACAGUGAGCCUAGCGGAGUGGUUCCAUUCAGCCAAACGAUAACAGCCAUCGAGCAAUCUACCGCUACGUCCAAGUACGAUGAAUGCAUGAAAAGCGAUUCAGAUUCGGACCUGGAUAUGGACGUGUCAAUCGACAUAAAUAAAGUGGGAAACGCUCAGGCACACGAAAUGAAUGCCUGUGGAAGACAUUACGGGAUGAAAAGUAAUGAUUUCUACUCGUUCCUCACGAAGGAUUCGGAUGAGGCGGAGGCACUGAAGAUAGCACGAGAGGAGGAACAGGAAAAGAUCAUGUUCAGCGGACGAAAAAGCAGGAGAGAACGUAGAGCACAAAGAGAGAGGAAAUUCGCCGGAAGGCCUACCAGUCCGCCAAGUUAUGCGGCGAAAGAAGAGUUAGUUCCUAGGACCUAUGAUGAUCCAAAUGACAGUUCGCGGUCACCGUCGCCCGUCAAUUCAGGGAAAAUUACCUACAUUACCUCAUUCGGUGGCGAAGACGAGCUGCAACCUCAUUCAAAAAUAUCCAUUAGCUUUAACAAAGAUAGUCAAGGUCAAGCGAGUACCUCAAAAGCUGGUUCGUACGCCCAGAAAGUCAAACAAAAUCUCGAGAAACUGAAGAGCAUCAGCGCCAAAGAAGAAGAGCACAGGAAGCCUGCUCAAUAUCAGCGACGAUCGCGAAGCUACAGCGAUCGAAGCAGAAGCCGCAGCCGAAGUGGUUCCCGGGCUUGGCGCCGAAGGAAAUCCCGAAGUCGCUCGCGAGAAAAACGCACCUAUUCCAAAUACAACAAAAGACGUUCCCGAUCCGGUUCGCGGUCGCCUCGAUCUCGAGGCUUCCGAAGCGAUCGCCGUCGCAGAAAAUCACCUUCCUCAUCGUCUUCGUCGUCGCCUGUACCGGCGCGAAAAAUAACCCGGAAACCCUCCAGUUCGGAUUCCGAUUCCUCCCGAAGCAGCCGGAGUCGUUCCAAAUCACCGCCACCGCCGGCACGUAAAACACAAAUCAAAGUCGAAGUCGCCUCCACUUCCGUACCUCAGCCAGUUCCGGUACCACCGGUUCCACCCGCAACGAUCCCGCUGGAUCCAAGCAUAUCUGUGAAAAAAGAAGAGCCAUCGUCACCGAAAGUGCCUGUUCUGAUCGAACCGGAACCAGAUAUUCCCAUUCGGCGAUACUACGGGCGCAAACGUGAUGGCCAAAGUUCCACCGACACUGACCUAUCGACGGACAGCUCCGACGAUGAGCAGCAGAGGAAAAUUGGCGAUCCCACCGCGGCGGAAUCGUCUAGCAAUUUACAAACAGCGGAUCAAUCGGGUAUCGCACUCCCCGGAGGAGUGACCAUCAAGCAGGAGAAACUCGAAGGGGCUGCUGCUUCCACAUUAUUAUCGUCAUCGUUGGCGGCAAGGUUUGGUGGUAGCACAGUGAUCGACACAUCCGAGUCCAAAGCCGGGGUUGCGUCUUCUAUUGGCGUAUCAAAGUCACUUAAUCCUAGGGACAGGCUGAAGCGCAAAAUGCAAAUUUUGCUUAACAAGCAAUUCAAAGCUGAUAAAAAGGCAGAAAUUGAAAAGGUCGAACGCCAGAUCCAACAACAGCAGGAACGUGAGGAUGAAAUGCGGGAGUUGGCCCUCAAGUUGCGACGAAGACAACGUGAACUACGUCACAAAUAUGGAUCACCGGAAAGUGAGAAGAGUCCUUCAAAAUCAGUCGACAGUUCGGAUGAAGAAAAGCAUAAGGAGUCUCGGUUACCACCGGUUAAAGAACCGUCUCCUCCACCAAAGCCGCCCCCAUCAACUUCAACGACGUCCACUUUCAGCACUAGUGCCGUCAUCGAGCGAAAACCUGUCCUUCGCCGUUUCGCUCAAGCGGAGGUUUCUAGAUCACCGAGUACGGCUCGAAGCACAAGACGGCGUUCCCGAAGUCGCAGCCGAUCGCGAUCUUCUGCCACGGGUGGCCGCAGUACGGCUGCUCCAAGCAUCAGCAGGCGGUAUGACGAUCGUCCCAGGCGACGAACUCCUCCUGCCCCACCCGCUUCGAGGACACGUUAUCGCUCGCGAUCGAGGUCUCCGGAAAGGUUUCGCGACCGUGAUCGAGAUCGAGAUCGUGAUCGCGAUCGAGGUCGUUUCGGUGGCAAACCUUCCCGAGACUACGGACGCGGCGAGAGCAGUCGUUACUAUCGUCGAAGAUCACGCUCGAACUCUCGGGAUCGUCGUCGAUCUCGCUCCCGAACGCGACGAUCUCGGUCCAAGUCGAGAAGCAAACCCAGUGCCGGUAAUAAUCGCAGGGAUAGAUCACCUAAGGUAGUGAAGAAGCUGGUUGACUAUUGAUAUUGAUACGCAUGCUGCAGUGGUUUCCUAUUUUUCAUCUGUUCUCUAUUUCAAUACAAACUCAAACCGUUUUAUAUCUGCCAUAUUAUCCGAUCGAGUCGAUCGUUCGUUGCUACCAGUUGAACAUCGUAUGUAUCACGUACAAUUGUAGAUAAAGUGCAUGCGGUGGUUUCGUAAGUGAAUCAGAAAAAAAGUGCGUAAAUAAAUUUGCAUUAUUUUCCAGGAAA